UUUCUUACCAAUUGCUAAGUGGGCUCCCUAGAAAUAGAACUUAGAACUUUGGGGGCCAGCUGGGCAGGCGGGCGCCGGUUGCUGGGGUGAUGGCCUUCAAGGUCUCUCCCCACAGAGGCCCCAGGAGUCUGGGGAGGCGACAUGGUGGGGUCUGGGAUCCCAGCUUUGGGCCUCUUGCUGCUAAUGCAGGGCUCAGCAGAUGGGAAUGGAAUCCAGGGAUUCUUCUAUCCAUGGAGCUGUGAGGGAGAUGUGUGGGACCGGGAGAGCUGUGGGGGCCAGGCGGCAAUUGACAACCCGAAUCUCUGUCUGCGUCUACGAUGCUGCUACCGCGACGGGGUCUGCUACCACCAGCGGCCGGAUGAAAACAUGAAGAGGAAGCACAUGUGGGCACUUGGCUGGACGUGCGGAGGCCUCCUCUUCCUGAUCUCCAGCACCUGCCUGUUCUUGUGGGCCAAGCGACGGGAUAUGCUGCGGCUGCCGUGGUUCCUGAAGGACAAGUGCAACCUGUCCAAGACCGUCUCUCUGUUAUCCAAGGACCGGACACCGAGUGAAAAGAAGAUGGCGUCCAUUGGCAGCAUGCCCACGGAGGGGGCCCUGGACGUCUCGGGGGGCACUGAUGGGGAGGGCACGGAAGGGGGCGAAGAACCAGAAGCAGGGGAGGAGGAAGAUUAGGGGCACCCCUGGAGGGACCCCUCAAUACAGAUAUAGCACAGAGAUGCAUGGUCUCUUUUCUGAGAAGCAUGAAGCAGGGGG